AUGGGGGAAACCAAAGUUAUCUACCACCUCGACGAGCAGGAAACUCCGUACCUGGUCAAGCUGGCCGUGCCUGCGGAGAGGGUCACUCUCUCGGACCUCAGAAACGCGCUCAAGAAGCCAAACCACAAAUUCUUCUUCAAGUCUAUGGACGACGACUUCGGGGUGGUCAAGGAGGAGAUCACGGACGAUAACGCCAAACUGCCCUGCUAUAACGGACGAGUGGUGUGCUGGCUAGUGUCAGCAGACGGGUCGCACUCGGACGGAUGCUCGGUGGCCGAGAGCCAGUCGGAGCGGCCGCCCUCGGGAGAGAGAUCGCAGGGCAUCGGUGACUCCAGACCGCCCUCAUUCCAUCCAAAAGCUGCAGGCAGCCGGCAUGGUGUGGACGACGAGACGGAAACGGACUCGGUGGUGUCCCACCGGAGAGAGAGAGACAGGCCCCGAAAGAAACACUCGCACGAUCAUCCAGGUGGGAGGAUGAAUGGCUACUCACGGGUGGGCAGAGGGAUGGACUUGGGUGGCUACGACAGUCGCUCUUCUCUCAUGAGCAGUGAGCUGGAGUCCAGCAGCUGCUUCGACUCUGACGACGACGGAUCCACCAGCCGCUUCAGCAGUGUGACGGAACAGAGCGGUUCCUCGCGCCUGAUGAGACGACAUCGCCGGCGGCGACGGAAACCCAAAGCUCAUCACAUGGAGAGGUCUUCAUCUUUCAGCAGCAUCACAGACUCCACAAUGUCCCUGAAUAUAAUCACUGUCACUUUAAACAUGGAGAAGUAUAACUUCCUGGGCAUCAGUAUCGUGGGGCAGAGCAACGAACGAGGCGACGGGGGAAUCUACAUCGGCUCCAUCAUGAAGGGCGGCGCCGUGGCGGCCGAUGGUCGAAUCGAACCUGGAGACAUGCUGCUGCAGGUAAAUGAUAUUAACUUUGAGAACAUGUGCAAUGACGAUGCAGUCCGAGUGCUGAGGGACAUCGUGCACAAGCCCGGACCUGUCUCUCUGACGGUUGCCAAGUGCUGGGAUCCGAACCCCAACAGCUGUUUCGCUCUGCCCAGGAGUGAACCCAUCCGACCGAUCGACCCUGCAGCCUGGGUGUCCCACACCGCAGCAAUGACGGGCAUCUAUCCCCCGUACGGCAUGAGCCCCUCCAUGAGCACAGUGACCUCCACCAGCUCCUCCAUCUCCAGCUCCAUCCCUGAGACUGAACGUUUUGACGACUACCACCUGUCUGUACACAGCGACAUGGCGACAGUAGCCAAGGCAAUGGCUUGUCCUGACUCGGGGCUGGAGGUUCGAGACAGGAUGUGGCUGAAAAUCACCAUAGCCAACGCCUUCAUUGGGUCAGAUGUGGUGGACUGGCUCUUCCACCAUAUGGAGGGCUUUGCAGAUCGGCGGGAAGCACGUAAAUAUGCCAGCAACCUCCUGAAGGCCGGCUUCAUCCGCCACACUGUCAACAAAAUCACCUUCUCCGAGCAGUGCUACUACGUGUUCGGAGACCUCUCUGGCAACAUGGCCCACCUCUCCCUGCAUGACCAGGAUGGCUCCAGCGGGGCUUCUGAUCAGGACACUCUCGCUCCUCUGCUCCAACCGGCCGAGGCUCCGUGGCCCAGCUUCCCCUACCAGUACCCUGCUCCUCACUCACUGCAGGAUGGACCACAGGCGUAUUCAGAGGCAGGAGGAGGCAGUCCUGGCAGCCAGCACAGCGAAGGGAGCAGUGGUUCGAACUGCAGCUGGAGCCGGAUGGAGGGGAGGGCGGGACCGGUGGACUUCAGGCUGGCCGGGGCGAACGAGACUGGGGACGCACCAGAGUUCGACUUCCGCCGAGAGCGAGCAGCCAGCGAGCGCUCAGCGGCGCCCCCUAGCGAAGGCAGCAUGCGGAGCUCCCGCUCACACACCUAUAGCCUCAUGCACGGAGUGGCUCGAGGUGCACCGGGGUCGCCCUCGGGACGCCACCUCGCCCACGUCCCCUCAGAGCUCACCAGCUCCCGCCGCUCCUGCAGCACCGCCAACGGGGAGUUCUUCGUCGAUAUCAUGUGACUGUGCGGCUGUACGGGUGCAGAGGCGCCUGGAACGUUUCGCUUUCUGAACUUGGAAACAUGACCAGGGAUCAUUUUACGGUUAGGUUGGGAAAGAGUAGAUUUUAGAGCGGUAGUUUGGUGAAAAUCUGGUUUACACGGUUUUCUCCUGUACCUGAAAGGUCUGAAGGUGCUUCGUUAGGUUGGCACUGGAGCUGCAAGGCAAAUGAAGCUAAGUAAAGGAAGCUUAUUUAUGUAAGACAUAUGUAAAAAUGAACCGCCUAAAUUCAGGCUUCACUGGGCUGACAAAGAUCACAUUUCCCAAAACACAAUUAUAAAAUAUCAGCUGUCAGAGUUUUGUCUUUAUUUAUAGAUAUCAGUGUCAGAAACUACAUAAACCCGUCUAUCAACUGAACAGCUGUACACAGUUUGAGGUGAGUGUGAUGAUGUAGGCGUGCAGUUUGCACUAGGGAUGCACCAAUCAGCCACUUUUUCCCUUCCCUAUAUUUAUAUUAUAUAAUGAGCAUAUCGCUACUCUCAGAAGAAAACCUCGUAUCUCCAUUUUUGACAUUUUUCAUUUUGUGAAAUCAUUUGAAAAUAUCUGUUGCUCUUUAUAUUGUGUGUAAAUUUCAUGAUGGAAACGACCCAAAAUGAUUGGUUCCAUUGACUUGCAUUAAGAGGAAAGGAGUUUUUUACCAUUUUGGAGAUACGAGGUUUUCUUCCGAUGCGAUCCGUGACGGACUGCCGUCGUCUGCGUAGAUAACUUUUUCAGGGCUGUGACAAGUCGCUGUGUUCUUUGACGUGGUUUAUCGUAAUUGGGCUUAAUUAAAUGAUAUAUAUUGAAAUCCUUGCUGAUGGGGCUCCCCUCACCAUACUGGCUGUACAGCUUUCGCGCUGAGCGUUUUAUUGACUUCUUGUCUCAAACGUCAACUCGAUCCCACACGGCUGCCGCGUUGCCUGUUUCAGUCAAGAUCCAUCUACUGGUCUGCGUGUGCAUCACAAAUUGCUUCGUGGUGUCGGUACAGGAGCGAUAUCCAUACGGCGUCAGUGCGGCGCUCAGUUUAAUGGCCAGUUCUGGUUUUACCGUCAGCUUGGCAGAUGGAUUCCAGUGUUGGCUGAUUCCAGUCAGGCGUCUAGUUACGCACAGCGUUCGCUGGUGUACAUAAGCUUCCAUUACUUCUUACCUACAUUAGUCUCGUGUCUCCAAAGCAGAUCUCAGACACCAAACGGGGAAAGGGGAAAGCUGUGUUUAUCCAAGUUUAUUCCGGACUAUCUCUUCAAGCCCCAGCAUUUGUAUAGAGGUAGCAUACUUGAAUGGAUGUUCACCCUCAUUAAUAGAGAAGCAGGCCUGUUCCUCCCACUAGAGGUCCGAUCACUAAUUUCUUGGUUAGAGUUAAAGGUAUAAUCUACUGACAGGAGAGCAGCUGAGAAACGAUAAUCCUACGGAUGAGCUUUGGUCUCAGAUGACCCAGAUGAACUGGCUGAAGGUGAAUGUAGCGCAGACGACGACGACGAUGACAAGUGUCCAAAUCCGAAGAGCUCUUUUCCGGCUCCGCUGUAGUGUUUUGGGAAAUUUUUAACUUGUUUUUUUUUUUUAAAUAUCCGUUUCUCCUCUGAAUGUUUCUAUAACAAUGCAUUUUUUUAUUAACCAAGAAUAUAUUUUUGGAGGUUUGUCAGCAAUAAUGUGUUGGGAGAUUUUUAAAAGUGCGGAGAAGUUGUUCUUUUUUUAUUUAUAAAGAUAGAUAUAUAUGUCUGUGUGUACGACGGCUCCAGCAGGAUCGGUUUGCGUUUGUUUACCUGAAGGAAUCUGGGUUUGAAGCGCAGCUGUGCCGUGCGCCCUACGUCGCAAAGGGUCCAGGCUAUGACCGGGAUUGGCUGCGAGGGAUGCCAGGGUCCGUCUCUUUGCUGGUCCAGCUAGUGUGUCCGCUUUGUCACAGCCAGUUCUCCUCUGAACGUGCGGUGAUGCUGCGUUUUGAGAAAUAAUUUGAAAAGAUGUAACGGCAGGCUUUGAGUUCCUGCAGUAUCCCUACAGAGAUGGUGGGAAUAGGCUAGAGUGGGACGAAAAUUUGGCAAAAAAAAAAAGAAUAAAGAAUUGGUUUUGCAGUGUGA